AUGAGUCGAGACGCAACGCCUCUGGCUGGCUCGCCAGACUCGGCGAUAGCGAGUGCCGGAUCCCAGCAGGAAAAGCCUGUAAACCCCUUUCUCACCCCUUAUGCUUCCGGAGAUCCCUCCAGAGCAGCAUCAUCGACAGCACUUCCUCAGCCAAUCCUCAAUCAGAAGUACUUCCGCUCUCGCAGAGUCAAGAAAGGAGAGGUUGAACGGCCGUGGACAAAGGUCAAAGAUCCUCGAGAGAAGUGGGUGACAAUCAUUCCACUAAUUGGACUUGCGAUUGGUUUGGGGCUUGCCGGUUUGCUCGUCUGGGAUGGCCUUCGAACCGUUGUCAAUCACAAAUACUGUCCAGUUUAUUUGGAGGAUUUCUCAAAUGGCUUCAACACCAAAGUCUGGACUAAAGAAGCCGAGGUCGGGGGCUUUGGUAACGGCCAGUUCGAGGAGACCACUAUCACCGAGGAAAACGUUUUUAUUCAAGAAGGAAUGCUCCAUAUCAAGCCGACCCUUCAAGAUUCUAGACUUAUCGAGACAAACAACGUCAUCGAUCUGCAGGCUGGCGGUGUAUGCACAUCAUCAGUUUGGAGCAACUGCAUCACAGGCACAAAUACGACCAAUGGAACUAUUGUCAACCCUGUCAAGUCAGGGCGCAUCAACACGAAGAAAGGGGCGGUGAUCAAAUAUGGUCGAGUAGAGGUCGAAGCCAAGCUACCCAAAGGUGAUUGGUUGUGGCCGGCAAUCUGGUUGCUCCCUGUCGAUUCCAAAUACGGCGUGUGGCCCCAAUCUGGGGAGAUUGAUAUUGUCGAGUCUCGUGGCAACAACCAUACCUAUCCACAGGGAGGCAACAAUAUUGUUUCGAGCGCUCUGCAUUGGGGCCCAGACGCUGCCAAUGAUGCCUGGUGGCGAACUAAUGUCAAGAGGAACGCACUGCACACGACAUUCGCAAAGAGGUUUCACACAUUCGGACUCGAAUGGUCGGAGAAGUAUAUCUUCACGUACAUCGACACUCGUCUGCUUCAGGUGCUCUACACCAACUUCGACAAGCCACUCUGGGGCCGCGGCCACUUUCCCCAGGCUGGCGAAAACGGCACUCGUAUUGUCGAUCCAUGGUCGAAGUACAACCAUAAAUCAACACCCUUCGACCAAGACUUUUAUCUCAUUCUGAACGUCGCAGUAGGCGGUACGAAUGGGUGGUUUGAAGACGGUAAAAACGGCAAGCCUUGGGUCGACGCGGGUGAGAGCGCGAAGAUGGAUUUUUGGAAUGCGCGCGACACGUGGUACCCGACGUGGAAGGACGGCGGUCAGAUGGUAGUUAAGAGCGUCAAAAUAUGGCAGCAGCAGGGAUACAACGGAUGUCAAUGA